AUGCCGACUGACCCCUGUAAGAAAUUAGCUUGUGAGAUCCAGAAAUGCCUGUCUGAGAAUAACUACCAAGAGGCCGCACAAGAGCUAGAUGAGGUAAUUAUGGACAGUCAACGUCGCAGUCUGCCAUUGGGUAAACGCAGCUGGAUCUACCGAUACCCGCGAACUUUUCAGAUCGUCUUCACCACUCUGGGCAUCGGCGUCUUCUUCUCCAAACCGCUGUACGAUCUGUUUUACAGGCCGCGCGCCGAUUUCGACCUGACCGAGCCGCCGACGAGCUUGACAGGCGGCAAGCCGCGCUCAAUU